CACGGUCGUCCACAAAAACGCGCUCCCGAUACUCGACAGCUUAUCACGCGAUUAAAUCUAUGAUUGUAUAGCGGGUUAGAUAUUUAAAAUAUUAAGCGAGAAAUUAGUGAACAUGUAUUUCUUUGAUCUUUUAUUAUCAAUGGGUUUAACGACGACGAGGUUGGUCAUUUAUUUGUUAUUGUUUAGGAAAGCACCCGCGAGAAAAGGACCCUACAGAUCACCAGGAUGGAAUUAUCCCCUAAAACUGAUCGGCGCGUGGUGGGCUGUCAGAAGAUGGAAGUCCCGAAGGUCGGCUGCAUCUCUCACAGAAGACGCGCCACUCCCCACCAUCUCGCCCGAAGGCCUGGACAGCAUCAGCAUCAGGGCGUCCUCGCCACAGGGACCCACCGUACUACUCGGCAUGCGCAAGCUGUCAGGAAAAAAACCGUUAGCAGAAAUCACUCUCCACGUGAAGCUAGCGGAUGGGAGCGCUUACAAAUUACUACAACACCCAGACACGGCAGUAGGAGUCUGGGAGGCCGCCGAGGGAACAUGGCACGCAGGAGGCCUCAAGAUACAAGUACUGGAGAAACAUUUUCGUAUGAGGAUCAUCUUCAACGGCCUCGUCACUAAAGUUGGAGACAACACUACUCAUCACGCUAAGUUCAAUGCCCUAUGGAUAGCGGCGUCGAAUCCGGUGCGGUACCCCGAAGACUGGAGCAACGAGCUAGCGGCCGAGGCUCUCGCGCUUGAGCCGUGGCGGGAUGGGAACUGGCCCAAUAUUUUAGACACAUGGGAAGACGGCAGCUGGGUGCAAUGGGGCGUGGUGCAAGGCCGGUUCCAGGUCUUCAAACAGGACGAGGCGACUACGAGCGAGUACUUACAGGUUCGAGGAGUGAAGGAGCGCAGCUGGGCACCGCACGGCUACCGAGGCCUGAGGAGGACGGUGGGCAUAACGGUGGCCGCCAAAGAUGGCACCGCCGUGCAGCUCAAAGCCGUGGCUUACAAGAAUGUUUUGACGCAAUGCUAUUCAGGAUGUGUCCGAUUCCCGGAUUUCCAAGUGCACAGCAUUACGGCCACUGAUUUCGUCAUGUCGGACUUUUGCGAACUUCCCGUCAGCGUGCCCAAGUAUUACACGAUCAACGUGAGCACAAAAGACAGGGACUUGAAAGUAGUCAUUCGGAUCAACUCCGAGGGAGGACAGUUGUUCAAUGGCGUGCCGUAUCAGCAAGAAAUUGUGUAUCGCACGCUGGAGGUGCAAAUAAAUGGAGAACCCGGGACGGGGAUCCUAGAAUUGGGCUACCAACCGACAGAUAUUAGAGAACCAGAUAUUCGCCUAGCUCCAGCGCGCGCCCUCAAAUGGCUUACAGCAAGCGAAGUUGGCCCGGUGUCGUACUGCGCUUCUUUCGAGUCUAAAGUGGCUUCCUGCCCGGAGUAUAUCGGCGGCAAGGGUGCUUCGCUAUCGCUGUUGGUCUCAAAACAGGAAGAAGAGGGUUACAAAGUUCCCCCUGGCUUCUGUCUGACUAUUAAAGCGCUGGAAAAGCACCUAGAAAGUAACCCGAAAUUAAAAGAGUCUAUACUAGAUAUUGAAAAGGCUGGCGGUAAUUACGAAGAGGCACACUUCAAACAAACAUGCACUAGGGCAGCAGAACUAAUAGCGAAAACUGAAAUAACAGGAGAAAUUAAAGAAGAAAUUCUCAAAGAGUUAAAAAACUUAAAGGAGAAAGCUUUAAAAGCGGGCUUGGGGCCAGAACUCCGCUUCGCCGUUAGGUCUUCAGCUGUGGGUGAAGACAGUGAAUCUCUGUCUGCGGCUGGUCAGAAUGAAACCGUGCUUGGAUGUACUGAGGAAGAUAUUAUUCGUGGGGUGCAGAAAUGCUGGGGAUCUAUGUUCGCGUUCACUAGCGCUUACUAUCGCAGACAAAACGGCCAGCAAUGCCUGUGCGGUGGAGGCGUGGUAGUUCAAGCAUUGGUGGCCCCCCGCGCGGCCGGAGUAAUGUUCACGAGGCACCCCGCAGCCGGGGACCCUUCAAGACUUCUUAUCACUGCCAACUACGGCCUUGGCGAGAGCGUAGUAUCUGGCGCAGUGGAGCCCGACACGAUAACCGUCACUCGUGGCCCAGACGGCGACCUCACGAUAUCCAGCAUCGUGCUCGGAUCGAAGAUGUCCCGUGUAUCAGCCAUUGGAAGUGGCGUAGAAAUGCAGGCUGUAUCAGAGGCGGAUCGAAGCGUGCCGUGCCUUGGGGAGAGCGAGUUGUUGAAGCUUGCGAGGUUGGGUGUGAGACAGGAGGAGCUGUGGGGCGCUGGCAGGGAUAUAGAGUGGGCUGUUUGUAAGGAUGGUAUCUACCUACUUCAAGCAAGACCCAUCACAUCUCUGGAACGGUGGACGGAAGAGGAACUACUUCACGAGAUGGACUACCCAAUCAUGUCGGACGACGAGCUCAUCACUUUCGCUAACACUGGCGAGGUGCUACCCAAAGCGUUGUCGCCGAUGAGUUACGACGUGAUGUUGCGACCGCUGCAAAGAACUAUUGACCGCAUGAACGGGAGCAACCAAGAAGGGUUCGACCAGAGCAUCGUCGUUACCCACAGCCGCUGCGCUAUGGCUCUCUAUAGUUCGGUAUACAAACGGGUGUCCUCAGAAAUCGACGUGGGGAUCCGUAUGAUGGAGAUGGCCGUCCACGGGCACAAGGUGGCCGACGACCAUAUCUUCAGCGUAGCCUUGCAUCGCCGGAAACCGCAGUGGACUGACAAGCCUGUCAUGAUCUUAACCAUGACUCGGGACCUAUUCUUCACCAAGUGGCAUAUGAACGAUACGAUCAAGAAAGUGGACCAAAUGACCAUAGACUCAUUCAAGUCCGAUCAGCCCGAAGACUAUCUAGCAGCGUUGCUGGAUCUAGACCAAGAUAUCCGGCGGUUCUCGUUCAAUCACAUGAGCACUAGCGCUGCUAGUACCGCUAGCCAGUUUAUUGCUAUGACAGUGUUGUUGGAAGGAGGGCAGGAUUUCACCUCCGAACAAUGCAACGAGAUAAGCGUAAUCCUCAGCUCAGGCGACGUGCUAUCAGCCGAAGUACCGCACAUCCUGGACCGCCUGGCGCGCAAACUAGGAGCCUCAGGGAAGGUGGAAGAGUUCCGCGCGCAGAAGCCUAAGGACGCGCUCGGAUGGCUAGAGGGCAACCUGCCGGAUAUACACAAGGAAGUCAUGGAGUUCUUGAAAAAACAUGGCCACAGGUGCAUUAUGGAGUUUGACUUGGUAUCCAAACCCUGGGCUCUGGUACCGGACGACCUGAUGGAAGUCUUACAGAACAUGCGGCCUCCCAAAGAACCCGUCAAAUCGCACGCCAAGACUGACGCCGAGAUAAUUGCAGCACUCAAAACACCAAAAAAAUCAAUCACAAGGAAAGUCCUCAGCUGGCUUCUACCCCUCUGCCGGCGCACCGUGCGGCACCGCGAAGGCACGAAAGCGCACCUCAUCCUCGCCAUACACAAGAUACGGCUAGCCGUUCAACGACUAGGGCAGCUAUUGGUCCAACGAUGGUUCCUACCCGAUACUGACCUGGUCUACUACUUCCGCGUUCACGAGCUGCUGGAAUAUAUCGAGACUAGGAACCCAGACUUGCUGAAGAAGGCCAUGCAACGCCACCAGCAUUUCGCCGCUUGGUCAAAACUGCGAUUUUCCGAGCUGAACUCAGGCUGGCUAUCACCUCUGCCGGCGGUGAGGCCUCAAGUGAAGGCCGGCGACGCGCGGCUCGAGGCCACGUCCGUGUGCGGCGGAGAGACUAUAGCGCGCGCCUGCGUCGUCAAGGACCUCUCGGAGAUCGGGCAGCUACAACAGGGCGACGUUCUAAUAACGCACUCGACUGACAUCGGUUGGUCUCCGUAUUUCCCGCUCUUGACUGGCAUCGUCACGGAGCUCGGGGGACUUAUUUCACAUGGUGCGGUGAUAGCACGAGAAUACGGCCUUCCAUGCAUAGUGGGCGCAGCCAACGCAACAGAUAUGUUCUGCACCGGAGACAUGGUGCGCCUGUCGGGCACACACGGCGUGUUAGAACGUGUCACCGUGGCUAAAGAAAAUAGUGCUCAAGUGUCGUGAGUCGACUUAAUCAUAGUCAUAGUGGGCGCAGCUAACGGACAUGUUCCGCACGGGAGAUGUGGUACCUGUCACACACGGCGGGCUAGAACGCGUCACCGUGGCUAAACAGAACAGCGCCUGAGUGCUGUGUGGCCUAGGUAUGACUGCUGUGACUUAGUGACUGUACUGUACCUAGUCAUUGUCAUCAUAGCGGAUGUGGACACGGCUAACGUGAUGGACAUGUUUCGCACGGGCGACACUUGCUUGUCUUCCUAAACAAAACGGCGCCUCCGUUUUAUACCCAUGAGGUGGAGGCAUUUUACAGGGAAUUAUUUUAAAGAUAACAGAAUUCGUGCCACAAUUCGUCAGAAUCAAUACAAUUCUAUUCGCUAAACAUAAUCUACGAAGUUGAUGAAGCCUACUGCGAAUCGUGCAACAGAAGAGUUUCUUGCUCUGAAUGCUCUGCCUUUGCCUUGCCGAUGAUAAUUAAAAUAUGGAUUUGUUAAAGUCCAUUGGGCUUCAUCGUCUUUACGAUUAAUAUUCUUGUAUAUCAGAUUUUUCAACGGGUUCCUAGAAUGUGAUUGAUAUUGUUGCAGCAAAAAGGCAUAUCCUGGACAUAAAAGUUAACUUUUUGUAAUGUUUACCAUCGGAUUGUUUUGUAAUUAGAAAUAAGAGAUUUUAUCAUGUGAUUUAUUAACUAAUUGUGAACUGAUAAUUGUACAAUACUAUACAGUGUUCAUUGCAAAGUUACCUAUAAUGUUUUACUGUUAUACCAAGUGAUAAAUAAUAAAAAAUAAAAAACAGAAAGUGUCUCCCCAAACCUAUACGCGGAAUCUGGUCUCGCCGACCAAAAAUCGCUCGUCAGUAUACGCAUGCGUCCAGCGACGACGACGCGAUUAUUGGUCGCUAGAGUCGAUUCCGCGUCGAUAAGUUUGGGGAAACCCUAAUAGGACAGGGUCAUGUACAGUCACCGGCAUAAAUAUGUGAUGAUUUCUAUACCUUGUCUCAUUAACAUCUUGUUUGAAAUGUCAUGCGAAAUUGUAAAACAAUUUAAAGCGACAAGGUACAGAAAUCAUCACUUAUUUAUGCCGGUGACUGUAUCAAUUUUCGGACUCUUAGAAAUAAUAUAUUGUAUACCAACAGAUUAAUUUUAGAUGGUUCGAUAUCGUGUAAUUUUAUUGGUGAGAUUUUAUUUUGUGAUGUAUUUAUUAGCUAUUAUGAUAAGUUACUUUUGAUGCUGAAAGUUUAUAUUAUUAAAGUUAAUUUGUGAUAACA